GACUUUCAGAAAACAGAAUGGAUAGGGUUAUUGUGAAGGAAGAAUCUGAUAAAACAGAAUCUGACUUGCCAAAUGAAAUGUCCUCAUAUAGUGAUGAACAGACUCCCCACAAAAGCCACUUGCAUCCAUCCGGGGGAUGUGAAGUUGGCGGCAGUGAGUUGAUGACAAAGUGUGACCUGAAACUACAUCAACUCAUUCAUACUGGCGAGAAGCAAUACAGGUGUAAAACUUGCAACAAACUGUUUGUCUCGGAGAGGAACCUGAGGAGACACAAAGGGAUCCACACUGGAGAGAAGCCGUUCCGCUGUCAGAUCUGCGGCAAGGCUUUCCACCAGGCCAUCCAACUAACAAACCACCAAGCGGUGCACUCUUUGGAAAAGCCGUUCCGAUGCGACACCUGUGGGAAGUGCUUUGGCACCAAGACCUCACUGAGAGUGCACGAAGUAAUUCACACUGAAAAAGGGCGGGUAGUUUGCAACAUCUGCGGUAAAGAUUUCAACAAGACAUACUUAUGGACUCACCAGCAGAUUCACUCCAACGAAACAAACCACAGCUGCAAGAUAUGCGGUCGGGGAUUCACUCUCCGCUCCCAUCUUAAACGCCACCAGGAGUCCCACAUCCCGCUAAGUGACCGAGAGAAACCGUACAACUGUGAAAUCUGUGGGAAAAGUUAUGCCUCCCUCCCCGGCCUGAAGAACCAUCUGCAGACUCACUCGGGCGAGAAGCCGUUUGUUUGUGGCGUGUGCGGGAAAGCCUUCUCUCAGAAGGGUAACCUCAGCUACCAUCAACACGUACAUUCUGACAAGAAGCCAUUUCUCUGUGAAAUUUGUGGACGGACAUUUGCAGUGAAGAGCAUUCUACAGAACCAUCAACUGGUUCACUCUGAGCGGCCUCAACCUCCAUUCGUUUGCAAAAUUUGCAACAAAAGUUACAAGUAUGCAAAGCGUUUAACUAGACACUCCCAAACACAUUCAUCAAAUUAGGCAGCCAUAAGGAAGUGUCUUGUGUACUGAAGAUUACAUCUAUUUUGCUUGUGUAAGGGCAGACUCAAUCAGGCUAAAGUAUAAAACCCUUGUACAUGUCUCUUCUUGGCCGAUGUUUGCAAGUAACCUGAAAUAACAUUGAAGGCACCUUUUGCUCAGUCCAGGAAUAUUGGAGCUGUACAACCACUGGACCAACAACGUCUUCUCUUUUCUUUUUUUUUUUGAGGAGGCGGCGCAUUGCUCCCUGGAUUCACAGGUGCACUCAACCCGUCUCGCUCUGAAACAAAUGCAUGCACAUAAGCUCGGUGGUCGAGUGGUUAAGACGUCUGCACUAAGCAGAAGGUGAUUGGUUUGAGUUCCACACGAGUAAGCUUGUGGGUUUUUUGGCAAGCUCUCGGACAGUGCUGAGCACUGUGUUAUGAGUAUGUGUGUACGUCGUUGUAAGGGCAAAACCCAUAAUAAUAAUUUAAUACAAAUAUGCAUAUACAGACACUAUACACACUCAGUAACCUCUAUAAGUCAAGGAGUACCAAAAAGGAUCUUUUUUUAUUUGAUUCUGCAUGAAAAUCUGAGAAACCGUUCAGUAUUGAACACAAUACCUAGUCCUAGUCAGUAUAAUUGUAUUGCCAUUUAAAAUACAUUUUUCGUUCAUAUCUUGCAAGUAUUAAUUGAUCAAAUGUUUGCUGAGGACUUGGCAAAUUAUGUCUACCGUUUGCGUUUUUCUUGCCGUGACAUGCAAGUGUCGCUGCGGAGUUCUUGAGAAGUGGAAUCGUGUCAACGUUAUUGAAUCAGUAAAAAUUAAUAUUCAUGUAUACAAUAAAUUUUGAAUUGCAUCACGUGCAGGCAUGUGAACAUUGAACAAUUGUUAAGUACCCUGAUGUGGGACAUGAUGUUUUAACACCCGAGGGGACUGACUCAUAGCACGCGAGGCUGUCUUGAAUGAGCCAGUUCUGUAUUUAUUAAAUGUAAGCAAAGGUCUUUCAGGACCAGGCGUGCGCGUGAGUCAGUGUAUGGCUGUGCUGAUAGGACAAACUACGAUACUACAUGUAUCGCGCACGCGCCCUGCUGUAUCUGAAUAGCCUCGUACCGGGCGUACGCUGUUGGAAUAUCGAACUAUCCCAUUCUUUGUAAUAUUUCUCUUACCUGAAGGUCGCUAAUAUGAAUAAAACGCAGUCAGGUUUGUUGCUGCACUUUUAGUUUCACCGA